UCCAUUUGACAGUUUGACAGCUGUUCUUGCGCUGUGUACUUGCUUCUCAUAUAUAAGUGAAAUAAAUUAUUAUAUUCUCCAGUAAUAUUGUGAUAUCGAAGUAUAAUUCCUUAAAAAUCUGUUGGAAUCUCAUUUACUUAAAAAUUCAAAAUGGUUAAAGGACGUGCUUUGCAUUUCGUGUUCAAAGUCGCCGAUAGGACUCUCACGGCGAAAUUCUACCGGGAAGUUCUAGGCAUGAAGGUGCUCCGACAUGAGGAGUUCAGUGAAGGUUGCGAGGCUGCCUGCAAUGGACCAUAUGCAAACCGGUGGAGCAAGACCAUGGUCGGUUACGGUCCUGAAGACAAUCACUUUGUUGUUGAGCUCACAUACAACUAUGGAGUAACACACUACGAACAAGGCAAUGACUUCCUCGGUCUAACAAUACAGUCCAGUGAGAGCUUGAAGAGGGCAGCUUCAUUGAAUUGGCCCAUUAAAGAACAGAAUGGAAUUAAGUUUGUCGAGGCUCCAGGAGGAUACAAAUUCUACAUCAUUGACAAGCCACAGCCUAUUGACAAAGACCCAGUCCAGAAGGUGUCGCUGGCGAGUUCGAACCUGUCUCGCUCGAUCGCGUACUGGAACGGUCUGUUAAGCCUCAAGAUAUAUGAACAGAACGACAAGUCGGCCGUACUGGGAUUUGCAGAUGACCAGGCCAAAUUAGAACUCGUGGAUAUUGGCGGACCUGUGAACCACGCGAAGGCAUACGGACGCAUCGCCUUCUCCUGCCCAUUCCAGGAACAACCCAUCAUUGACCAGAAGAUCCAAGAAGCCAAUGGGAAGAUCCUUACUCCCCUUAUUUCCCUGGAUACUCCGGGCAAGGCCACUGUCCGGGUGAUUAUAUUAGCUGAUCCGGAUGACCAUGAGAUAUGCUUCGUGGAUGAUGAGAGCUUCAGACAGUUGUCCCAAGUUGACCCUAAUAGCGAGGCCGAUUUGGACAAGUUCAUCAAGUCCGAUAAGUCCAGAGCUGCCAAUUAAAAAGUUAGGUGGUUUUGUAUUUUUUAUCUUUAUAUAAAACUAUCUCAACAUUAGUAUUCGAACACGCAAUACAGCCAUUAAUAAAAUAUAUUUUAUUUAUGUUUUAGAAGUACGUAUUUGCGUAAUACGUAAUGUACUUAUUUGUUUUUAUUUAUUUAUUUAUUUAUUAUUCAGGUAUCCAACAGCUUAAUGUGUAUUCAAUGAUGUUGUUACAAUCUAGUUACCUAGGUGGCGCAUUCUUUUUUAUUAUUAUUUUAUUGCUUGCAUGUUUAAUAAAAUACCCUCAUACGGCAUUCGAUUCCAUCGAUAAAAAGGAUUACUUUGUUACGAACACAUUGUAUUUUUCAGUAUAUACAUCGAUAUGAUCUUAAAAUCUUAGAAGUACACGCUAUACCUUUCUUUCACUUAACAUAAGUGAAGGUCGGCUCUAGUUUUAGAGCUUUCAAAUAAAAAUAAAAGAGUUAAAAUUGAAAAAAAAUUGGCUCUUCCUGAAUCGGCACCAAUGUAUAUGUAUAAAGAAAAAAUAAACAUACUUAUAAAAUGAGUUAAAAGGUUGAAGUAAUGCCUUACUUUUUAUCUUUGUAAAAUAAUCAAGAAUCUAUUUAAGAGUACAAAACGUGUGAUUUGAUCAUUCCUAUACUUUAUCAAAUCACGGCUUAUAAAAAAAUAAAUUAAAAAAAAAAUAGAUAUCGAAAUGUGAUAUAAUGUUUCUAUUAUUCGUAUAGCUAUAGACGGUGUUUUGGUUAUUAGCAUUCCUUAUUAUAUACUUGUUACACUUUUUUAUAAGUAUUAAUAAUAAUUCGUUGAUAUUCGCUCAUAAUUAUUUUUAAACUCCACCUUACAAAUAAAAAAUAAACCAGGGAUGAACGUGGGUUUACUUGACAGCCAAGUAAAUAGUCGAAUUGUAUGAUAAUUGGUUUCAAUUUUGCUCGGUUGUCAAAUACUUAAACCUACGUUCAUCCCUGAUUUAGUUUUUAUUUCUAAGGUGGCUAUUGUACUUAUGUGUGUGGUAUUGUUAGCUUCACAAAACGUUUAUACUCCUGUGCGUAACACGUUUUUCUAGCCUUAUAUUGCUUGUUAGCUCAAAUAAUUAGCUCAGUUAAUUCACAGUGGGCUCAAAUACAGUUAAUCUUCAACUUUUGUGAUUUAUUAGUUGCUAACAAUAUCUACGUGUCUAUGACAUUAUCAAUGUUUAAGAAAAGUAUCAAUUUGUAUUAUAUUAAGUACAAAUACAUUUUAUGAAAAAAUGAUAUAA